AUGAAUGCAGCGAAGGAAGUCAUGAAACGGAAGCGAACGGACGGGGCUGUCCAAGGUGACAAUGACGGCGACGACGAAGAUGCGCCCUUCCUAACCCAAUUUUGUUUGCCCCUCGACACCGUUGCGGCCGCUCCACAACGACAGCCGCCGAAGCAAAAAAGACAACGACAAAAGGCUAUUGCCGGCCCUACGCGGGCGACGCCCACGACGCACACAACAUCCUUUCCUGAUUUGGCUGACGCUUCCACGGGGGAGAACGAAGAAGGGGGAACGAAAGAAUAUCUCUUCGACAAGUCGGUGAGGACCGCAAUGAGGCCGUCAGUGACAACACAGUUUAAGAUGACGUGGUGCUGGCCUGCAUCUCCGAUGGAUCCAUCAGAAGUGGUGUGUGAAGCGGAUCCCAGAAGCGUUGGACCCGCCUUUGUUGUUGAGCUCCGCGGUGACCCGCAUCUUCGGGAGGAAAACCGCCGGGUGGCUGCCGUGGUGAACUGCGGUGAGCGAUUUUUGCUUCCACCCUUGUCAAGAUCGCGUGAGGGCAACACUAGACAGGGCGCAGAUGUUUUUUGGCGUGCACCUCAAAAGCCGUACCAGGAUGCACCACCGCCGUAUGCGGAACUUCUCUUUGGAACUGUGCAGGAGCUUGAACAUGCCUCAAAUAUCGUUCAGGGUUUUCCUUCCGCUGUUGAUUUACAAGCCGUUGCGGUGGCAGAGGGUGAUAAGGGGGUUGCGCAACAGGAUGAACUGAACUCAUUUGGACGAUUGCGAAGCUACUUCUUUCGUUCCUUGCCGUACCGUACUUUAUGGCUGUAUCAGUUUUCUGAGCGUCUUAUUAUAUCUAUGCCGUAUGAAGAGCGCCUGCUUUCAUUAAAUUUAGGUCGCAGCACGCACACCAUCCAAAUAUCUUCGCGGUUAUCAACGAAAUCUAUCGAAUGCGUUAAUUCAUUUCGUCUGCCUUCAUGUGUGAUUCCACUAGAUAUCAGUGAAGUCUAUGACAGGCCUUUCGUAGCUGUCGGAACCAUGUGCCAUGGGGUUCUUAUUGUUCUGCUUGAAAACGGAGCCUGUGCGAGCGUCGUACAUCGUGUGCCGCUUUUGGGGCUUUCCACAUCAAUGUUUCCGGUGGCACACGUCUGCGCCGUGUUUCCGCCUCGGCGCUGCGACGAUGACGAGAGCAGCACGCUGGGAGUAUGGGGGCUCAAGUCCGCCCUUCUCUCACAGUCAUUGGAGGGAUGCAUUCUGUGCGCCUCACCGUACGAAAACCGCACAGUCGUAGUGAAGUGCACCUCCGCUGGUGGGGAUGGUUGCGGGUUUGAGUCGCCUCCGCCUACGAGAACCGUAGCGGGAUUCCUCUGUUCAACGCCGUACUCCGCUCCGGCGUUUGGCCCCGUGGUUGCCACCUUGGACGGUAAACUGAUGCACUUUGUGGUGGAGGACACGGGGUUGGCAGAGACAGACGGGGAUGCCGCGACGUCUUCAAGCAAAGAUCGUCGACAGCACUACGGCGCCUUUGACGCCGUGCGUCCGGAGGUCGUCUACGAUAACGCCACGCGUACACUACUGGGCGUGACGCCAAACCACUUCUGUGAGGGGGGGCCAGUGCGACAGAAGGUGUCACACUCGCGGUAUCAACCAAGCUUUGCCCGUCACUGGCUCUGUUUGACCACUGUUGCACACGAAGUAAUUCUGCUGGACCGAAAAGUGACAAACUACGCGAAGCAUAGCGCUAUCACUCUUCAAGUUCCGACACCACCCCUUUCCACGGCUACUGCUGCUGCUGCUUCUCAGAGUUGCUUAAAGAAAGCGCCAAGGGGCAAACGGAAAGAAGGGCCUUUACCCACCGACGAUGGAAUUCAAGAAAGUUCCAAGAGUGAUACGGUGUAUCCUGCUGCACCAGAGGACGGUAUCAGCGGCAUUUCGUGGCUGCGGGUGAGUGACGGUAUGCUGCAAGUUGUCGUGGCGCACCACAAGAAUUGGAUAACAGUGGUUACAUGGAGCGUUUAG